CCUACGAGAGUCUAAAGGACAGACUGACGGAAAGUGAUAGUAAGAAACACACGGACAUACAGGGAAACAAAAACGCCCUACGGCUAUUUGGAUAAAGAUCUGAAAUGUCUCUAGCCUCUUCUGCAUUCCUAGUGCGCAGAGCCUUCUCUGCGGCAGCAGAGGGUGCUGCAAGUCACGAAGGGGGAGCAAGGAUAUGGAAAGUCUUGUCCUUUGUGGUGGCUCUGCCCGGGGUGGCUGUCUGCAUGGCGAACGUCUGGCUGAAGAUGCAGCAUCACUCCCAUGAACAGCCAGAGUUCACCCCUUACCCUCACCUCCGCAUCCGUACCAAGCCUUUCCCCUGGGGAGAUGGGAACCACACUCUCUUCCACAACUCCCAUGCCAAUGCUCUCCCCACUGGCUAUGAAGGCCACGACGAUUAAGCAUACUGUCACCUAAUGUCUCUGUACUCUAGCCAAUGGACACACUGAGCUGGGGCCAAUCAAGACUAAGACUCAGUCUGGUGUCCUCGUAAGGAAUAAAAAUGUGUAUUUUUCCAAUAACUGUGUGGUUGGGUUUUUUUCCCCUUCAGGUUGCUACGGUGUUACUUUCUAAAGCUGACCAUAUAAAUGUACUGUAAUGAAUGAAGUCCACUAAAUGACAACUUGACUCGA